GAGUGAAGAGAGAGAGGGUAAAAGGGAAAAAGGAACAAUAACUGGCCCUCCCUCUUAUCUAUAGUGGUAGUGUUGAGAGUGAGCACAGGUGUUGGGUGUGGUGUGGGAUAAAGUGCAGUCUCUGCGUAUGUUGAUGUGUUCCACGUUUUGUUCUUCUAUUCCCCAUCACUUGAACCUUGCAUCCAUGAUGAUCAUGAAGCGCUUCUCUGCUCCCAUUUCAUCGUAUGUUUCGCCGAGAGCUCAAGCUAUAACGGAGCCACCGUCGCGGGUUGGUUUUCUGGGCAUCGGAAUCAUGGGCUCCCCAAUGGCUCAUAAUCUCCUUAAAGCUGGGAUUGAUCUCACUGUUUGGAAUAGGACCAAGAGCAAGUGUGACCCUUUAAUCAGCCUUGGAGCAAAAUAUAAACCCUCUCCUGAGGAAGUAGCAGCAUCUUGCGAUGUCACCUUUGCCAUGCUUGCUGAUCCUCAAAGUGCAUUGGAUGUUGCUUGUGGGAAGCAUGGAGCUGUGAAUGGAAUUGGUCCAGGGAAAGGAUACGUGGAUGUUUCAACUGUUGAUGGGGACACUUCUAAAUUGAUUAGUGAGCGCAUAAAAUCCACUGGAGCAUUAUUUUUGGAGGCUCCAGUUUCAGGUUCAAAAAAGCCAGCAGAAGAUGGGCAAUUGAUAUUUCUUACAGCAGGGGACAAAAAUCUCUAUGAUACAGUUGGUUCUCUCUUGGACAUCAUGGGGAAAUCUAAAUUUUAUCUUGGCAAUGUUGGAAAUGGAGCUGCAAUGAAACUCGUUGUUAAUAUGAUCAUGGGCAGUAUGAUGGCAUCCUUUUCUGAAGGCUUACUCCUCAGCGAGAAAGUUGGCCUUGAUCCUGAUGUACUAGUGCAGGUAGUUUCACAGGGUGCCAUUAGUGCUCCAAUGUACUCAACCAAAGGUCCAUCCAUGAUACAGUCACUUUACCCAACUGCAUUCCCCCUAAAGCAUCAGCAGAAGGAUCUAAGACUAGCCCUGGGGUUAGCAGAGUCUGUUUCCCAACCCACUCCUAUUGCAGCAGCUGCUAAUGAGUUAUAUAAAGUUGCAAAAUCCCAUGGCCUUAGUGAUCAGGACUUUUCAGCUGUCAUUGAAGCAUUAAAAUCCAAAUUUCAGCACUCAGAAACCAAGUGACUUUUCAACAUGUUGAAGUUCAAAAGUGUAGUUUCAUGUCCUCCAUUAAGUGAGCAUGGAGAGAAGACGAGGGAAGAAGAAAUAAACACCACCUUCUUAUGAUAAUUAAUGGAAUACUUCAAUAUUAUUGGAACUUGUUUUAAAUGGAAUGUUAUUUUUUUUUUCACUUAAUUUUGAAGACCAUGUGAUUGAUAUUAUGAGAUUAAAAGGAUAAUUGAAAUAAAACAGAGAGUAUAUUAAGA